AUGACUCAGCCGCUCGUCUACUGCCCCGACGAUGCCCUUAAGAAGGAUCUAAUGAACGCGGCCAUCGACGGCAACCUUGGUCUCCUCAAAGGUAUUAUAAAGAAUCUUACCAAAGGAAAGGGUGACCCAUCGGCAAUUUUUUCUUUCAACAUCAAUGGGUAUUCUGUGUUGCACACGGCGGCAUGUUUUGCACAACUGGAUGUUUGCAAGUAUUUGGUGGAGGAGCUUAAUGGAGAUGUAAAUGCUCCUGGAUAUGGAGCUGGUGCUCUAGGGGGUGCAACUCCAUUUAUGUUGUCAGCCUCGUCUGAUGAUGUUGCUACAGUCAAGUAUUUUCUUGAUCAUGGUGGUGAUAUAUUGAAAGCAGAUGACAAAGGACGCACAGUUCUCCACCAUGCUGUGGCUGCAGGAUGCUGCAACGUGACAGAGUUCCUCCUUUCAAAAGGAGUUCCAAUCGACAUAAACUAUGGCCGUGGAACACCAGCAUUUGUGGCUGCUGCAAAUGGGAAGGAUAACACACUGAAGAUUUUGUUGGAUCACAACGCAAAUCCUAAUAUCAUUGUCACCAGUUUGGGAAGUCCGCUGUUUAUGGCUCUUACUCAGCGUUCACUCAAAUGCAUGGAGACACUCGUUGAGGCUGGUGCCGAUAUUAACUGCAAGGGUUGCGCCAUGUCUCCAUUGGUAUAUGCUACAAUGCGAGAAGGUUGUACCAACUUCAUUCGGUUUCUGUUGAAGGCUGGAGCACAUCCUAAUAUCCCCGAUGAUUUGGGUAGGUUGCCGGUAGUGCUUGCUGCAGUACGUGAUUGCAUGGAAGAGGUUGAAAUGUUGUUUCCUUUAACUUCCCCAAUUCCAAAUGUCCCAAACUGGAGUGUUGAGGGAGUAGUUUCUCAUGCAAAAAUUGAAGAUAAAAAGCCAAGGGAGCUUAGGGACCAUCAAAGAAGAAGAAAUUUCUUGAAGUUACAAGCUGAUGCGGCAUUCGAGCAGAAGGAGUAUAAGAUUGCAUCACAGUUAUAUGAUAUGGCAAUAUGUCAUGAAGAGUGUGCAACAGUGUACUGCAACAGGAGUCUUUGUAAACUGCUCAUGGGUGAUGGUAAAGGUGCUUUGUCAGAUGCUCUCAGGUGCAGAGUGCUGCAACCUGAUUGA